CCUGUGCUUUUCCUCAUCCCCUGGGUCGUCGUGAAGUUCCUCUAUGAAAACAUCCAGUGCUGGAGCACCAAUAACAACAUGGGCUUCUGGUGGAUCCUUCGCUUUCCCGUGUUCCUGGCCAUCUUGAUCAACUUCUUCAUCUUCAUCCGCAUCAUCCAGAUCCUCGUCUCCAAGCUCCGUGCACACCAGAUGCGCUACACUGACUACAAGUUUAGGUUGGCCAAGUCCACACUGACGCUGAUUCCACUGCUGGGCAUCCACGAGGUGGUCUUCGCCUUCAUCACGGACGAGCAUGCUCAAGGCACCCUGCGCUAUGUCAAGCUCUUUUUCGACCUCUUCCUGAGCUCCUUCCAGGGGAUGCUGGUGGCCAUUCUCUACUGCUUUGUCAACAAGGAGGUGCAGGCAGAGCUGCUGAAGAGGUGGCAGCGCUGGAAGCUGGGGAAGGACCUGGCAGAGGAGUACAAGCACACCUACAGCCACGCGCCCAGCACCCGCAACGGCGCCGGCGGC